GACCAAACAUUCUGCAGUCUGGCAAGUGGCUUAAUGAGCUGGGAAGCCAUGUCCUCACUGGGUCCAGCGUUUGUUGACGUUACCUUCAGUUGCAGAAAGAGCUCCAUUUGACCAUCCUGGUUUCAAGCUUUAAAACAGUUCUUGGAUCAUCUUUUAAGAUAAAUAGCAGUUAAGGUUUCAAAAGAGAGGAGGUGUUUUUGUUAAACUUAGUAUUUCAGAGAACUCAGGAUUCUCACAUCCAAAACCAGUUGCUGACGGGGGUUCCUUUUAAAUCCAAGCCAAAUAAUUUACUUUUCACAUUUUCUCUUCAGUGGUUGUGCAAACAUUCCACUUUAUUUGACAUGGUGAGAACUCAGAGCAGGCUCCCCCAUUUCUGACUUCUGUUGCCCGUGUCCUGUUGGUCAGAAUGUGAGGGUGUCAGCAGGUGUGCCUGUCAGCCCUGCAUACCAGCUCACACAGGGUUCUCCUGUGGCUGCUGUGAGACCUGGGUCUGCAAAGGGCUUUGUAAAUUCAAACCCACCAGUUCAUCUCUCCAAGUGUGUUUACCCACUUCUCCCUUUCACCCAAAGGAGUGGGCCAGGGGCCAGUCCUGGGCAGGACCGUGCAUUUGUGUGUUUGUGCUCGAGACCUCGUCGUCUCCUGAGGACUGUCAUGAUCAGGGUCACACACAGCAGAGAACUCCAGGGCAGAAAGGAGCCUCUGGUGAACUCUGCAUCAUGGCCAGCCCAAGAACCAGAAAGGUGCUUAAGGAAGUCAGGGUGCAGGGUGAAAACAAUGUGUGUUUUGAGUGUGGUGCAUUUAACCCUCAGUGGGUGAGUGUGACCUAUGGUAUCUGGAUCUGCCUGGAGUGCUCAGGGAAACACCGUGGGCUCGGAGUGCACCUCAGCUUCGUGCGCUCUGUCACUAUGGACAAGUGGAAGGACUUGGAGCUCGAGAAGAUGAAAGCUGGUGGGAAUGUGAAGUUCCGACAGUUCCUGGAAUCUCAAGAGGACUAUGACCCCUGCUGGUCCCUGCAAGACAAGUACAACAGCAAAGCGGCUGCCCUCUUCAGAGACAAGGUGGCCACUCUGGCUGAAGGCAGAGAAUGGUCUUUGGAGUCAUCACCUGCACAGAACUGGACCCCACCCCAGUCCAAGAUGCUGCCGACCACUGCCCACCGAGUCUCCGGCCAGCCGCAGAGUUUGACUGCCUCCUCGGACAAGGCCUUUGAGGACUGGCUGAAUGAGGACCUCAGCUCCUACCAAGGGGCCCAGGAGAGUCGCUAUGUGGGGUUUGGGAACACGGCGCCGCCUCCGAAGAAGGAUGAAGACUUCCUGAAUAGCGCCAUGUCGUCCCUGUACUCGGGCUGGAGCAGCUUUACCACCGGAGCGAGCAAGUUUGCCUCAGCAGCUAAAGAGGGUGCUACAAAGUUUGGAUCCCAGGCAACUCAGAAGUUCUGGGGUUCCAAGCAGCAGCCGGAGUUGGCAUCAGAGCUGGGCCACAGUCUGAAUGAGAACAUCCUCAGACCUGCCCAGGAGAAGGUGAAGGAGGGAAAGAUUUUUGAUGAUGUGUCCAGUGGGGUGUCUCAGUUGGCAUCCAAGGUCCAGGGAGUUGGCAGCAAGGGAUGGCGGGACGUCACCACCUUUUUUUCUGGGAGGGCCGAGGACCCCUCAGACAGACCCCUAGAGGGCCAGAGCUACCAGAACAGCGGCGGGGACAACUCCCAGAACAGCGCCCUGGACCAGAGCUUCUGGGAGACCUUUGGGAGCACCGACCCUGCCAAGGCCCACAGGUCCCCGAGCAGUGACAGCUGGACCUGCGCCGAUGCCUCAGCCGAGAAGCGGAGCUCAGACAGCUGGGACGUGUGGGGCUCCGGCUCUGCAUCCAACCACAAGAACAGCGACAAUAGUGAUGGCGGGGAGGCCUGGGGGGGUGGCGGGGAGGGCCGGCCCAAGACCACCAGGAAGGCAGCUCCAAAGGCCCUUCAGGUGGAUGAGGGCUGGGACAACCACAACUGGUAGGCCCUCCGUGCCUGGCCCCGACCACUGGGGCAGCCACCCUGUCGGUACUUUGCCCUCCUCCAGCACCCUCCUUCCACUUGACCCAAGAACGCCUUGGGUGGGACUCUUGCGGGGUGGUGCCCCCUGCCUAUGUCGGGGACUAAGCGCAUGGGGGCUUGCUCUCCAUGCCAGCCUCUGCCCAGCCCUCCGGUGUCUUGUGCUCCAGGAUUCCAGGCACUGUGGAGGGCAGGGUCCUGUUGCUUGUUGGAGGCUGGCCGUGCACUCAGUAAUAAACACCCUCUAGGGCUGCCCGGAAGGCACUCUCUGUGACAUGACGUGAGUGCUGGCUCUGUGAGUGUCUAA